GAAGCUCAUUGGUUAUUCUGAUUCCUUUGGAUGCAUGAACAACUUAUAUGACAGCAUUCAUGAAUUAAAAAUUAAAUACUUCAAGUCAGAGGAAGCCAAAAGCAUGCUGAUAUCACCAAAACUUGCUCCCUUUUUUGGAUACCGCAAACAAAUGUUAUAUAUGGAAGAAUCGUCUCCAUUAGUCCCUAGUUCUUUAUAUGGUUGCCAGAAGUGCUAUUGGGAUAACAAUAAUUCACCCUGUAUUACUGUUAGUUGCAAGCAUGGAGUGCAACAGUCACACUUCAUAGAAAUUGAUCCAAUGCUAGACAAGGCAGAUACAUACAUAGAUGAAGGAUUUGUUAGAAGUGAUCAAAAUUUUCUGGUGACAGAUGACCUCCAUGUAACUCCAAUUUCCCUUCCCUAUUUCAUCCAGAUUUUAAAAAGACAGGGGUUACAUGCUGAUCAACUUGAGUAUGGGGAAAUCGUUAUAGAAAGGCCUCAUGUUUAUAAUCUACUUAAAACCAUGUUGACCUCAGAAACAACACUCAGUGAUGCACUUUCUUUUCGCCAAGUGGAAUAGCGGAACUGUGUGACAAUGAUGACCAGCUUUUACUUUUGUUUUUUCAUGUAAAUGUGGAUAUAAAAAAAGACUUUGGUCUAUAUUGCUCUUCCUGAUUAGUAAUUGCUUCAUA